AUGUCUAAACCAGGAAAAUACCUCCUCCUCUCCCUCCCCACCUCCAUCGUCCCCUCGCACCACAAAGACGACGCCCUCGCCGCUGUCUCGACAACUGUCUCUCCCGAGAAUGGUUCCGCGGCCUCCUUUUCCAUCCCGGAGUUCAAGAUCGGCACACUAGAUGCCCUUGUCCAGCAAGCGGAUGAGCUUGCGAAGCUUGAGGGACAGUGUCAGGGAGUCGUCGCGAAGGUGGGCGAUGCGUUGAAGAAUAUCCUCGAAGGAGAUGAGGCACAGAUUGAGCGGAUGAAGGUUGUCAAUGAUAAACCUGUGGACCAGUACCUCCGCUCUUUCCAGUGGAAUAAGGUCAAGUAUCGCGCUGAUAAGCCAUUGGCUGAACUGAUUGAUCUGCUCUCGAAGUAUGCUAAUAUGCGAGGUAUUCAGGAAGCUGCUAGCAUCGACAAUGAUAUCCGGUUCAAGUACUCGCAAUAUAAUCAGGUCAAGAAUAACUUGGCUACCCUGCAACGUAAACAAGCAGGAAACCUCUCAACAAAAUCCCUCGCCUCAAUCGUGGACCCCAAGUCCGUCGUCCAAGACUCGGAGUACAUUGAAACUCACCUCGUCGCCGUUCCCUCCCAACUAGUAAAGGAUUUCCUGAAGACCUACGAGACCAUCUGUGAGAUGGUCGUUCCCGGUCCGCACAAUUGCGCGACAUUUGUCCACAGGUGCCGUGAGCAGAAGUGGAUUCCACGAGACUUCAAGUACGUUGAGGGUGGAAAGGAGGAGGAGCGGAAGGAGGUUGAGCGUGUUGGAGGGGAUGAGCGUAAGCUCUGGGGUGAGACACUUCGACUUGGACGGACGGCCUGGAGCGAGGCUGUUAUGGUCUGGGUUCAUAUUCUUGUGUUGAGGGUCUUUGUUGAGACGGUCUUGCGGUAUGGAUUGCCGUUGGACUUUGUCUGUGCUUUGAUUCGGACUCCGUCAGUGAAGCAGGCCGACAAGGCUAAGCAGAACCUCGAGGAGAAGUACUCCUACCUUGCUGGAAAUGCUUUCGGUCGUGACAAGAAGGGUCGCGUGAAGCGGGAUGAUCCUAAUGAGAUGCAUGGAGCUGAGGGCAGUGCGGACUACACGGCUUAUGUUUUAUACGAGUUCGAGUUCCAGUGA